CGUUUCUCUUCAGAAACUUUUUCCAUGAAAAGCGUUUGUUGAUUGUGGCGUUAUUGUACAAGAAGUUGCGUGCAUUUGAAGAGAAUUUGGGGCAUGCUGAAGUGAGUGUACACAAGUAUGGCGUGACCUGGACGCAAAAAUCCAACAUCUUUAUAAUUAUGAAAAUAAAUAUUCGCUCUCCAAUUCGCCAGUUAUUACGAAUUAAUGUUAUGCUGAUCCUAACAAGUGCAGUUCGGACAGUGCCUAUUGGGACCACAGCCCCUGGACUUAACUUCGAUUUGCUAGCAAACGGAAGUGACGAGCAAGAGCAGAAGAAACUGCAGCUGGAAUGGAUUAAGAAAGAGACAGAAAUGACCCAAGGGGGGCUGCAGGUUCUCGGCGAUGCUCAUGAUCUGCUCUCCUCUGGUGUCACCAGCCUUCCAGAUACUUUUCCAACUGUGGAAAACUUGGUCUCUGACGAGACAAACAGCGCCGGAGUUGAGCUGCAAGAAGUAACUGAAGUCGGCGAAGAUGUGGGCCGCCCUGGUGACGAAGUAGAUGCAGAACUAAUGCAGGUGCGGCAGCGUCUGCAGAAACUUGACUUCUACUUCGAGUUUCUGCGCGUCAUGUCCGAGGACUGUCGCCAGAGGAUGCUGUGUGAAGUAAUGAGGGAGCCCGGACGCUUUUACCCCCUCAGCAGCGUCCUAGAGGACGCCGUCAGUUCUGCCGGAACUUUCCAAUACCUGACGUCAGAACUGGUGAAUACCACGGAAGGUGCCAGACUUUUGUCCUACUUAGAGGCUGCUUUCAGAGGGCAGGACAGCAGAACAAGGACAUGCGCUGUUUUCCAGUACCGGUGUCCUAGCAGGACGGAGGAUAUGAUAAACUACGACGCCCUCUGCCUCUGGAGGGAGAUGGUCCGUUGGCUCACAAUCCACGUCAUAGCCAAGGCCCAUUAGCAACUGUCAGUGUACAUAAUCAUUGCCACAUUUAAACAAUGUAUAUACAAAGGUGACAUUUCUUUAUACAGGCAAUAUGUAAUAAAGCUGACAUAAUAAGAGUUACAAAGUGACUUGUUAUAAUGGAAAACUGAAUAUUAAUGUUCAUUCUGUUCACGAAAAUACUGUGUCGACUUCAACCCACAUAAACAUGUCUCGCUUUCUUAGACAGAUCUCCAGAACCCCAAACUGAUGAAGCACUAAAACACUUUUUUUCCCACUAGGAGAAAAAUUUUCUGAUACUCCGGACUGAUCAACAGAAUUCAUUAUAUGCGCCUUAUUUGCAUGAGUAACCCAUGCCCAAAGCCCAGAUUGAGAGAACACUGUCUCUCGUUCUCAGAUUUUUCUUUUUUUCUCAGUUAUUCCUGGUUCCUUUCUCGGAAACACCUUAACAAUUCGCCUUUUAAGUGUCUAAUUUGUAUAGGAAGUUAUCCUGAAGCAAAAUUCCUAUAAAUCUGUCUCUCGUCGAGAAUUUUUAGAUUUCCUGGUUGGUCAACCUGGACAUCAUAUAUAUAAGUACAUACCAGGAUUACCAACAGCAAGUGUCGUGUACACAUGAGGACUCGAAUUAUCACAAAUUUUCGAGACUCAGAAAACAGUGAAAUACGUGUAUGUCACGUAGAAACUUCCGGGAUUUCCCGAUCGAUCAAUGUCUAUAUCAUGUGACAGGUGUUAAAGUGACUUGUUUACACUGGGCGAAAACCCGUGACAGAAUUACGACAUUAAAGGGAAAUCGAAAGAUUUAUUUUUCUCUCUAAGACUUGUUUCUUCGACUUUCCUCGUUGAUCAGCCCCCGGGGGGAGGGGGAGAAGGGGGGGGUGUAUAUUUGAAAGUUCACACGAGGAGAACCAAAAACACGUAAAUUACAGUGCACUUGUGCCAAAAUAUACGGUUUUAAAUCAUUUAUUUGUUUUAUAAAUAAAUAGGACAUCUAAGUUUGAUUCAAAUAAAUUACAAUAAAUAUAAAUAAAUAUAAAAUUCUCAACUAAGAAACGUCAGUACCUUGACUGAAGGCCAAGAACGUUCUUCAUUCAUCGCACAAACAGUUGGAAAACACGUACAAUUAACAGAAUUAUCAUCCAUUACCAAAAUACACUUCCCACGUAAUUACCAUAUUCUCAAAUAAUGUAUUCUAGAUAUGUUUACAACUUCUAGAAAAUUACAAAUAAUUCUAUGUGUUGCACAUAAUCCAUUGUUAAAGGUAACUUCUUCGUUUGAAACACAGUCAAAUACUGGGUCAGAGGUAACGCGAAAUGAUCUGUUCCAUUUCUUUCAAUGUUGGGGUGGAGUGAGUCUGGGUCAUUUAGUACUGCUGCUGUAAAGUGGCCCCAUUGUACUGGAUGAUAAAUGGGGGCUUUGGUGAUGUGGUAUAUCUGAGGCUAGUCGCCAGCUUCUCGCCACAGUGGCCCACAAGGGAUCCUAGGGAAGUUUUUGAUGGACAAAGUGACACUAGAGCAGGUUUUCCUUCUAGUGCUCUGAUAUUCCCUUAACAUUUAUUAGUACAUCAUUGCUCCAUAUUUAUCUAUAAUCCUGGUGUAGCAGAGUGGAACAGUUUGGUACCCCAUUACCAAGAGACUCAGUCUCACCCAGGUAAAAUAAGGCCAUCUAGGCCCAUAGGGUUGUGAGACGUUA